AUGCCUAGAGCUUCUUUGCGAAGGAGCGGUACAUCUGAAUCGGGCGAUAAUGAUACGGGACAUAUCGUGAGGGAUUGGACGGUCAGUAGAGGACCAAAUGCCACUCUUAAGAUCACGCUGAGACCUUCUGAAGGAGAGAGCGAUCUCAUAGACGCUAUCGUCACCGCCUUCAAGCUCCCUGAAGAUGCGGGUGAUUAUCAUUAUCUUGAACAGACAGUGUAUGGCUGGAUGUCAGAUGGAUAA